CAUCUGGUACAUUUCUUGCUUUGGUUCAUUCUCUACUACUUUCAGUCUCCUCAUAAUGUCAGGACGUGGAAAGCAAGGUGGCAAGGCUCGCGCCAAGGCCAAGACACGCUCUUCUCGGGCCGGUUUGCAGUUUCCAGUGGGCCGUGUACAUCGUCUUCUUCGUAAAGGCAGUUACUCGGAGCGAGUAGGAGCUGGGGCACCCGUGUACUUGGCUGCUGUCUUAGAGUACCUUACUGCUGAGAUCUUGGAGCUCGCAGGCAAUGCGGCUCGGGAUAACAAGAAGACCCGAAUAAUCCCCCGGCACCUUCAGCUGGCCAUCCGCAAUGACGAGGAACUCAACAAGUUGCUAGGCAAAGUUACCAUUGCUCAGGGUGGAGUCCUGCCUAACAUUCAGGCUGUGCUGUUGCCCAAAAAGACCGAAAGUCAUCAUAAAAGCAAAGGCAAGUAGGUCAUUUAGGACGACUUCAUUGUCCCUGACACCAAAGGCUCUUUUGAGAGCCACCC